ACCCCAUUUUUGGCGGAUAUUGCAAUUCAGACGCCAUUGUCGUUUUCCUAUAACCUCUUCAUAGAAGCAUCUCUUUCAAAUUUCAAUCCUCAUAAAAAGAAAGAAAUAAUCAACCAAACACACCCUUAAAUUUUUUCUCUCCUUCCUCCUCAAAUCUUUGCAACAAUGGAGCGUUCUGGGUAUGGCAGAGAUGGCAUUUACAGAUCACUUAGGCCAAGUUUAAUUACACCCACAAAUCCAAAUCUUAAUAUGGUGUCAUUUCUUUUCAGAAAUAUUUCUUCUUACCCAGAAAAACCUGCUUUAAUUGAUUCUGAUUCUGGAGAAAUCUUGAAUUUUUCUAAGUUAAAUUCCAUGGUUUCUAACCUUUCUUAUGGAUUAACCCAACUGGGUAUUCAAAAGGAUGUUGUUCUUAUUUUAGCUCCAAAUUCUAUGCAAUACCCAGUAACUUUUCUGGGAGUUAUUGCAACUGGUGCAAUUGCAACUACUGUCAAUCCUAUUUAUACAGUUACUGAAAUUAAGAAACAAGUUGAUGAUUGUAAGCCUAAAUUAAUUGUAACAGUGCCAGAACUUUGGGAUAAAGUGAGAAAUUUGAAUUUACCUGCUUUGAUUUUAGAGUCUAAAGGAAAUGGGAAUUUAAAAUCUAAUUCAAAGGUAGUUUAUUUUAAUGAUUUGGUUAAUGGGUCUGCUGUGGAUUUCCCAAAAGUUGAGAUUAAACAAAGUGACACUGCUGCACUGUUGUAUUCAUCUGGCACAACAGGUGGAAGUAAAGGUGUGGUGCUAACUCAUAGGAAUUUUAUUGCUGCCUCAUUGAUGGUAACAAGUGACCAAGAAUCUCAGGGUGAAAUGGAUGAUGUGUAUUUGUGUGUUAUUCCAAUGUUUCAUGUGUUUGGAUUGUCUGUGAUUUUGUAUUCUCAGUUGCAGAAAGGUAAUACUGUUGUUUCUAUGUCGAAGUUCGAUUUCGAGAUGAUGUUGAAAGCCAUUGAGAAGUUUAGGGUUACAAAGUUGUGGAUUGUACCUCCAGUUAUGCUUGCUUUGGCUAAGCACAAUGCUGUCAAGAAGUAUGAUCUUUCAUCUUUAAAGGAAAUUGGUUCAGGGGCUGCGCCUUUGGGAAAGGAGUUAAUGAAAGAAUGUUCUAAAGUAGUGCCUCAGGCUAGGAUUAUUCAGGGUUAUGGUAUGACAGAAACGUCUGGGAUCAUCUCCCUAGAACACCCAAGAUUAGGUGGUCGACAUUCUGGCUCAACUGGAAUGUUGGCUGCAGGUGUUGAAUCUCAGAUAAUUAAAGUGGAUACAUUGAAGCCUCUUCCCCCAAAGCAACUGGGUGAAAUAUGGGUCCGUGGGCCUAAUAUGAUGAAAGGUUAUUUUAAUAAUCAACAAGCCACCAAGUCGACCAUUGAUAAUCAAGGAUGGGUACACACGGGAGAUCUUGGGUACUUCGAUGAGGAAGGGCAACUCUAUGUGGUUGACAGACUCAAAGAGCUCAUCAAGUACAAGGGUUUUCAGGUUGCCCCGGCAGAACUUGAAGCUGUUCUCAUUUCACAUCCUGAAAUACUAGAUGCUGCUGUAAUCCCUUUUCCUGAUGAUGAAGCGGGUGAAGUUCCCGUUGCAUAUGUGGUUAGUUCACCUAAAAGUUCUGUUAAGGAAGAAGAUGUGAAGAAGUUUGUUGCAGAUCAGGUUGCACCUUUCAAGAGAUUAAGGAAGGUAAUCUUUAUAAACGCUAUUCCAAAGUCAGCUGCAGGAAAGCUUCUUAGACGAGAGCUCAUUGAAAAAUCGCGGUCCAAGUUAUAGAGCUACCAGAAACUGCAAACUUUGUAGCUGAUACUGUAUAUUUGCAGUGCAAUACCUCUUUUUCUGAAAUAUGUUUGUGCAACUUCUCAGAAAGACAGUGAAAUAUGUUUGUGCAGUAUUUUUAAAAAGUUUUAUUGUUGUUUUCAUUGUUUGUUCAGCUUAAUAUACAUACUUUUGUUUUGUAUAUGUAUAAACAGUCAUAUUCCAUUAUUCCUUGUAUAUGUAAUCUGUUAGUCAGGAAAUGAAGAACAUCUUUCUGAAUCUUAA